AUGGCUCUGAGCCAACACCUCUCCCUCCAGGGACUCUGUGUCCUCCUCCUCGGCACCGUGGUGGGUGGUCAAGAUCUGGAGCUGAGGUUGAAGGAUGGAGCCCACCGCUGUGAGGGGAGAGUGGAAGUGAAGCACCACGGAGAAUGGGGCACAGUGCGUGAUCAGAACUGGGGGGUGAAGGAUGCAUCUGUAGUGUGCAGACAGCUGGAGUGUGGAGCUGCCAUUGGUUUUCCCGGAAGGGCUUAUUUUGGGCCAGGACUUGGCCCCAUUUGGCUUUUAUAUACUUUAUGUGAAGGAACAGAGUCAACUGUCAGUGACUGUAGGCAUUCUGAUAUUAAAGACUAUCGUAAUAAUAGCUAUUCCCAUGACCGGGAUGCUGGAGUAGUCUGCUCAGGAUUUGCACGUCUGGCUGGAGGGGAUGGACCCUGCUCAGGGCAAGUAGAAGUGCAUUCUGGAGAAGCCUGGAUCCCAGUGUCUGAUGGGAACUUCACACUCCCCACUGCCCAGGUCAUCUGUGCAGAGCUGGGAUGUGGCAAGGCUGUGUCUGUCCUGGGACACAUGCCCUUCAGAGAGUCCGAUGGCCGGGUGUGGGCUGAAGAGUUCAGGUGCGAGGGGCAGGAGCCUGAGCUCCGGGUCUGCCCCAGAGUGCCCUGUCCAGGGGGCAGGUGUCACCACAGUGGAGCUGCUCAGGUUGUCUGUUCAGCGUACUCAGAAGUCCAGCUCAUGACAAACGGCUCCUCUCAGUGUGAGGGGCAGGUGGAGAUGAACAUUUCUGGACGAUGGAGAGCGCUCUGUGCCUCCCUCUGGAGUCUGGCCAAUGCCAAUGUUGUCUGUCAUCAGCUUGGCUGUGGAGUUGCCAUCUCCACUCCCAGAGGACCACACUUGGUGGAAGAAGGUGAUCAGAUCUCAACAGUCCGAUUUCACUGCUCGGGGGAGGAGUCCUUCCUGUGGAGUUGUCCUGUGACUGUCCUGGGUGGGCCUGACUGUUCCCAUGGCAACACGGCCUCUGUGAUCUGCUCAGGAAAACAGACCCAGGUGCUGCCCCAGUGCAACAAUAUCCUGUCUGAACCAGCAGGCUCUGCGGCCUCAGAGGAGAGCGCCCCCUACUGCUCAGACAGCAGACAGCUCCGCCUGGUGGACGGAGGCGGUCCCUGCGCCGGGAGAGUGGAGAUCCUUGACCAGGGCUCCUGGGGCACCAUCUGUGAUGACGGCUGGGACCUGGACGAUGCCCGCGUGGUGUGCAGGCAGCUGGGCUGUGGAGAAGCCCUCAAUGCCACGGGGUCUGCUCACUUCGGGGCGGGAUCAGGGCCCAUCUGGCUGGACGACCUGAACUGCACAGGAAAUGAGUCCCACGUGUGGAGGUGCCCUUCCCGGGGCUGGGGGCGGCACGCCUGCAGACACAAGCAGGAUGCGGGGAUCAUCUGCUCAGAGUUCCUGGCCCUCAGGAUGGUGAGUGAGGACCAGCAGUGUGCUGGGUGGCUGGAAGUUUUCUACAACGGGACCUGGGGCAGUGUCUGCCGCAACCCCAUGGAUGAUGUCACCGUGUCCAUCAUCUGCAGACAGCUUGGCUGUGGGGACAGUGGAACCCUCAACUCUUCUCUUGCUCUUAGAGAAGGUUCUAGACCCCGGUGGGUGGAUGGAAUCCGUUGUCGGAAAACUGACACCUCUUUCUGGCAGUGUCCUUCUGACCCUUGGAAUUACACUUCAUGUUCUCCAGAGGAUGAAGCCUAUAUCUCGUGUGCAGGUGACUUACUGUUUCUGUGUGAGAGCGCCCCCUACUGCUCAGACAGCAGACAGCUCCGCCUGGUGGACGGAGGCGGUCCCUGCGCCGGGAGAGUGGAGAUCCUUGACCAGGGCUCCUGGGGCACCAUCUGUGAUGACAACUGGGACCUGGACGACGCCCGCGUGGUGUGCAGGCAGCUGAGCUGUGGAGAAGCCCUGGAUGCCCCUAUCUCUUCUUACUUCGGGACGGGAUCAGGGCCCAUCUGGCUGGAUGAAGUGAGCUGCAGAGGAGAGGAGUCCCAAGUGUGGAGGUGCCCUUCCUGGGGAUGGCAGCAACACAACUGCAAUCAUCAAGAAGAUGCAGGAGUCAUCUGCUCAGGAUUUGUGCGUCUGGCUGGAGGGGAUGGACCCUGCUCAGGGCAUGUAGAAGUGUAUUCUGGAGAAGCCUGGACCCCAGUGUCUGAUGAGAACUUCACACUCCCCACUGCCCAGGUCAUCUGUGCAGAGCUGGGGUGUGGCAAGGCUGUAUCUGUCCUGGGACAUGAGCUCUUCGGAGAGUCCGAUGACUGGGUCCAGGCUGAAGAGUUCAGAUGUGAAGGGGAGGAGCCUGAGCUCCGGGUCUGCCCCAGAGCGCCCUGUCCAGGGGGCAGGUGUCAGCACAGUGGAGUUGCUCAGGUUGUCUGUUCAGUGUACACAGAUGUCCGGCUUAUGAAACAUGGCACCUCUCAGUGUGAGGGGCGGGUGGAGAUGAAUAUUUCUGGACAAUGGAGAGCUCUCUGUGCCUCCCACUGGAGUCUGGCCAAUGCCAAUGUUGUCUGUCAUCAGCUCGGCUGUGGCGUUGCCAUCUCCACCCCAAACGGAGCAGAAGGAAGUGACCAACUCUGGAAAGCCCGAUUUCACUGCUCAGGGGCUGAGUCCUUCCUGUGGCAAUGCCCUGUGACUGCCCUGGGUGUUCCUGGCUGUUCCCAUGGCAACACGGCCUCUGUGAUCUGCUCAGGAAACCACACCCAGGUGCUGCCCCAGUGCAAUGACUCCCUGUCUGAACCAGCAGAGUCGGCAGCCUCAGAGGAGAGCGCCCCCUACUGCUCAGACAGCAGACAGCUCCGCCUGGUGGACGGGGGCGGUCCCUGCGCCGGGAGAGUGGAGAUCCUUGACCAGGGCUCCUGGGGCACCAUCUGUGAUGACGGCUGGGACCUGGACGAGGCCCGCGUGGUGUGCAGGCAGCUGGGCUGUGGAGAAGCCCUCAAUGCCACGGGGUCUGCUCACUUCGGGGCAGGAUCAGGGCCCAUCUGGCUGGACGACCUGAACUGCACAGGAAAGGAGUCCCACGUGUGGAGGUGCCCUUCCCGAGGCUGGGGGCGGCACGCCUGCAGACACAAGGAGGACGCGGGGGUCGUCUGCUCAGAGUUCCUGGCCCUCAGGAUGGUGAGCGAGGACCAGCAGUGUGCUGGGUGGCUGGAAGUUUUCUACAACGGGACCUGGGGCAGUGUCUGCCGCAGCCCCAUGGAUGAUGUCACCGUUUCCAUCAUCUGCAGUCAGCUUGGCUGUGGGGACAGUGGAAGUCUCAACACUUCUGUUGGUCUCAGGGAAGGUUCUAGACCCCGCUGGGUAGAUGGAAUCCAGUGUCGGAAAACUGACACCUCUCUCUGGCAGUGUCCUUCUGAUCCUUGGAAAUACAGUUCAUGCUCUCCAAAGGAGGAAGCCUACAUCUCAUGUGCAGGAAGAAGACCCAAGAGCUGUCCAGCUGCUGCCCCCUGCACAGACAGAGAGAAGCUCCGGCUCAGGGGAGGAGACCGCGAGUGCUCAGGGCGGGUGGAGGUCUGGCACAGCGGCUCCUGGGGCACCGUGUGCGAUGACUCCUGGAGCCUGGCAGAGGCCGAGGUGGUGUGUCAGCAGCUGGGCUGUGGCCCGGCCCUGGAAGCCGUGCGGGCCGCGGCGUUUGGCCCUGGAAGCGGGAGCAUCUGGCUGGACGAGGUGCGGUGCGGGGGCCGGGAGUCCUCCCUGUGGGACUGUGCUGCGGAGCCCUGGGGGCAGAGCGACUGCAAGCACGAGGAGGAUGCUGGUGUGAGGUGCUCUGGUGUAAGGAAAACAGUGCCCCCGACUGCAGCAGGGUCCAGACCAGUUUCAAGUCCUCUCCCUGGCUUCUUCUCCCUGGCUGGGGUCCUCUGCCUCAUCCUGGGGGCCCUUCUCUUCCUGGUCCUCAUCAUCCUGGUGAUUCAGGUGCUCAGAUGGAGAGCAGCGCGCAGAGCCUUAUCCAGCUAUGAAGAUGCUCUUGCUGAAGCUGUGUAUGAGGAGCUCGAUUACCUUGUGACUCAGAAGGAGGGUCUUCUGGGCAGCCCAGGCUUCCUGUCAGAUGGUGAGGACAGCCAUGACUCCAGAUCCAAUCCAGGAGCCCCAGAUCAGAAGACCUAUGCCCUUGGUGAGGAUUAUGAUGAUGCUGAAGAGGUACCGGUACCUGGGGCUCCUCCUGCCUCUCAGGGGAGUGAGGAGGAAGUGCUCCCAAAGAAGGAAGAUGGGAUGACGUCUCAGACAGGCUCUUCUCUAAAUGCCUCUAGAGGAGAAGCUGAUCCUGGGGAAGGAGAAGAGAGCCCCUGGCUGCUCCAGGGGGAGUCUGGGGACCCCGGGUACGAUGAUGCUGAACUAAGUGCCCUGGGAAAAUCCACAGUGACUUUGAAGGACGGGCAUGGCAGGACAGAGAAGCUGUGUCUGCUGACUGGGAUGAGGCGUCCUUCCAGUGGGGAAUGUGACAGGGCUGUAGACUGGUCCACAGCUGCCCUCCGUGUUGGCUUCACCGAGACCUUCAGGAUGGCUCUGAGCCAACACCUCUCCCUCCAGGGAUUCUGUGUCCUCCUCCUCGGCAUGGCGGUGGGUGGUCAAGAUCUGGAGCUGAGGCUGAAGGAUGGAGCCCACCGCUGUGAGGGGAGAGUGGAAGUGAAGCACCACGGAGAAUGGGGCACAGUAGAUGAUAGAUACUGGAGCAUGAAAGAUGCAUCUGUAGUGUGCAGACAGCUGGUGUGUGGAGCUACCAUUGGUUUUCCUGGAAGGGCUUAUUUUGGGCCAGGACUUGGCCCCAUUUGGCUUGUGCAUACUUCAUGUGAAGGGACAGAGUCAACUGUCAGUGACUGUAGGCAUUCUGAUAUUAAAGACUAUCGUAAUAAUAGCUAUUCCCAUGAUCAGGAUGCUGGAGUAGUCUGCUCAGGAUUUGUGCGUCUGGCUGGAGGGGAUGGACCCUGCUCAGGGCAAGUAGAAGUGCAUUCUGGAGAAGCCUGGACCCCAGUGUCUGAUGGGAAGUUCACACUCCCCACUGCCCAGGUCAUCUGUGCAGAGCUGGGGUGCGGCAAGGCUGUGUCUGUCCUGGGACACGUGCCCUUCAGAGAGUCCGAUGGCCGGGUGUGGGCUGAAGAGUUCAGGUGCGAGGGGCAGGAGCCUGAGCUCCGGGUCUGCCCCAGAGUGCCCUGUCCAGGGGGCAGGUGUCACCACAGUGGAGCUGCUCAGGUUGUCUGUUCAGCAUACUCAGAAGUCCGGCUCAUGACAAACGGCUCCUCUCAGUGUGAGGGGCAGGUGGAGAUGAAAUUUUCUGGACGAUGGAGAGCGCUCUGUGCCUCCCACUGGAGUCUGGCCAAUGCCAAUGUUGUCUGUCGUCAGCUUGGCUGUGGAGUUGCCAUCUCCACUCCCAGAGGACCACACUUGGUGGAAGAAGGUGAUCAGAUCUCAACAGUCCGAUUUCACUGCUCUGGGGCUGAGUUCUUCCUGUGGAGUUGUCCUGUGACUGUCCUGGGUGGGCCUGACUGUUCCCAUGGCAACACGGCCUCUGUGAUCUGCUCAGGAAACCAGACCCAGGUGCUGCCCCAGUGCAACAACACCCUAUCUGAACCAGCAGGGUCUGCGGCCUCAGAGGAGAGCGCCCCCUACUGCUCAGACAGCAGACAGCUCCGCCUGGUGGACGGGGGCGGUCCCUGCGCCGGGAGAGUGGAGAUCUUUGACCAAGGCUCCUAGGGCACCAUCUGUGAUGACGGCUGGGACCUGGACGAUGCCCAGGUGGUGUGCAGGCAGCUGGGCUGUGGAGAAGCUCUCAAUGCCACGGGGUCUGCCCACUACGGGGUGGGAUCAGGGCCCAUCUGGCUGGACGACCUGAACUGCACUGGAAAGGAGUCCCACGUGUGGAAGUGCCCUUCCCAGGGCUGGGGGAGUCACGACUGCAGACACAAGCAGGACGCGGGGGUCAUCUGCUCAGAGUUCCUGGCCCUCAGGAUGGUGAGUGAGGACCAGCAGUGUGCUGGGUGGCUGGAAGUUUUCUACAACGGGACCUGGGGCAGUGUCUGCCGCAACCCCAUGGAUGAUGUCACCGUGUCCAUCAUCUGCAGACAGCUUGGCUGUGGGGACAGUGGAACCCUCAACUCUUCUCUUGCUCUUAGAGAAGGUUCUAGACCCCGGUGGGUGGAUGGAAUCCGGUGUCAGAAAACUGACACCUCUCUCUGGCAGUGUCCUUCUGACCCUUGGAAUUACACUUCAUGUUCUCCAGAGGAGGAAGCCUACAUCUCGUGUGCAGGUGACUUACUGUUUCUGUGUCCCCUGGUGUCAUCACCCCAUCGUUCCAUUUCUCUCUGCUCAGACAGCAGACAGCUCCGCCUGGUGGACGGAGGCGGUCCCUGCGCCGGGAGAGUGGAGAUCCUUGACCAGGGCUCCUGGGGCACCAUCUGUGAUGACUACUGGGACCUGGACGACGCCCGCGUGGUGUGCAGGCAGCUGAGCUGUGGAGAAGCCCUGGAUGCCCCUAUCUCUUCUUACUUCGGGACGGGAUCAGGGCCCAUCUGGCUGGAUGAAGUGAACUGCAGAGGAGAGGAGUCCCAAGUGUGGAGGUGCCCUUCCUGGGGAUGGCAGCAACACAACUGCAAUCAUCAAGAAGAUGCAGGAGUCAUCUGCUCAGGAUUUGUGCGUCUGGCUGGAGGGGAUGGACCCUGCUCAGGGCAUGUAGAAGUGUAUUCUGGAGAAGCCUGGACCCCAGUGUCUGAUGAGAACUUCACACUCCCCACUGCCCAGGUCAUCUGUGCAGAGCUGGGGUGUGGCAAGGCUGUAUCUGUCCUGGGACAUGAGCUCUUCGGAGAGUCCGAUGACUGGGUCCAGGCUGAAGAGUUCAGAUGUGAAGGGGAGGAGCCUGAGCUCCGGGUCUGCCCCAGAGCGCCCUGUCCAGGGGGCAGGUGUCAGCACAGUGGAGUUGCUCAGGUUGUCUGUUCAGUGUACACAGAUGUCCGGCUUAUGAAACAUGGCACCUCUCAGUGUGAGGGGCGGGUGGAGAUGAAUAUUUCUGGACAAUGGAGAGCUCUCUGUGCCUCCCACUGGAGUCUGGCCAAUGCCAAUGUUGUCUGUCAUCAGCUCGGCUGUGGCGUUGCCAUCUCCACCCCAAACGGAGCAGAAGGAAGUGACCAACUCUGGAAAGCCCGAUUUCACUGCUCAGGGGCUGAGUCCUUCCUGUGGCAAUGCCCUGUGACUGCCCUGGGUGUUCCUGGCUGUUCCCAUGGCAACACGGCCUCUGUGAUCUGCUCAGGAAACCACACCCAGGUGCUGCCCCAGUGCAAUGACUCCGUGUCUGAACCAGCAGGGUCGGCAGCCUCAGAGGAGAGCGCCCCCUACUGCUCAGACAGCAGACAGCUCCGCCUGGUGGACGGGGGCGGUCCCUGCGCCGGGAGAGUGGAGAUCCUUGACCAGGGCUCCUGGGGCACCAUCUGUGAUGACGGCUGGGACCUGGACGAUGCCCGCGUGGUGUGCAGGCAGCUGGGCUGUGGAGAAGCCCUCAAUGCCACGGGGUCUGCUCACUUCGGGGCAGGAUCAGGGCCCAUCUGGCUGGACGACCUGAACUGCACAGGAAAGGAGUCCCACGUGUGGAGGUGCCCUUCCCGAGGCUGGGGGCGGCACGCCUGCAGACACAAGGAGGACGCGGGGGUCAUCUGCUCAGAGUUCCUGGCCCUCAGGAUGGUGAGCGAGGACCAGCAGUGUGCUGGGUGGCUGGAAGUUUUCUACAACGGGACCUGGGGCAGUGUCUGCCGCAGCCCCAUGGAUGAUGUCACCGUUUCCAUCAUCUGCAGUCAGCUUGGCUGUGGGGACAGUGGAAGUCUCAACACUUCUGUUGGUCUCAGGGAAGGUUCUAGACCCCGCUGGGUAGAUGGAAUCCAGUGUCGGAAAACUGACACCUCUCUCUGGCAGUGUCCUUCUGAUCCUUGGAAAUACAGUUCAUGCUCUCCAAAGGAGGAAGCCUACAUCUCAUGUGCAGGAAGAAGACCCAAGAGCUGUCCAGCUGCUGCCCCCUGCACAGACAGAGAGAAGCUCCGGCUCAGGGGAGGAGACCGCGAGUGCUCAGGGCGGGUGGAGGUCUGGCACAGCGGCUCCUGGGGCACCGUGUGCGAUGACUCCUGGAGCCUGGCAGAGGCCGAGGUGGUGUGUCAGCAGCUGGGCUGUGGCCCGGCCCUGGAAGCCGUGCGGGCCGCGGCGUUUGGCCCUGGAAGCGGGAGCAUCUGGCUGGACGAGGUGCGGUGCGGGGGCCGGGAGUCCUCCCUGUGGGACUGUGCUGCGGAGCCCUGGGGGCAGAGCGACUGCAAGCACGAGGAGGAUGCUGGUGUGAGGUGCUCUGGUGUAAGGAAAACAGUGCCCCCGACUGCAGCAGGGUCCAGACCAGUUUCAAGUCCUCUCCCUGGCUUCUUCUCCCUGGCUGGGGUCCUCUGCCUCAUCCUGGGGGCCCUUCUCUUCCUGGUCCUCAUCAUCCUGGUGAUUCAGGUGCUCAGAUGGAGAGCAGCGCGCAGAGCCUUAUCCAGCUAUGAAGAUGCUCUUGCUGAAGCUGUGUAUGAGGAGCUCGAUUACCUUGUGACUCAGAAGGAGGGUCUUCUGGGCAGCCCAGGCUUCCUGUCAGAUGGUGAGGACAGCCAUGACUCCAGAUCCAAUCCAGGAGCCCCAGAUCAGAAGACCUAUGCCCUUGGUGAGGAUUAUGAUGAUGCUGAAGAGGUACCGGUACCUGGGGCUCCUCCUGCCUCUCAGGGGAGUGAGGAGGAAGUGCUCCCAAAGAAGGAAGAUGGGAUGACGUCUCAGACAGGCUCUUCUCUAAAUGCCUCUAGAGGAGAAGCUGAUCCUGGGGAAGGAGAAGAGAGCCCCUGGCUGCUCCAGGGGGAGUCUGGGGACCCCGGGUACGAUGAUGCUGAACUAAGUGCCCUGGGAAAAUCCACAGUGACUUUUCCAUGAUGUUGUAUUAAAUAUAAGAUUAUGCAACAGAUAUUCGAAUUGCCUGUAUCUCAAUAGAAUAGUGCUGAUCUGUGAUUGUGUUAUA